UGCAGUAUUUGCACAUUUCUUUAAAUUCAUUUCCCCCUUCAGUUUCUUUCCAGCGCUGGCUGCGUUAAGCAGAUAGUGAACUGCUCCUUCGAAAAGUUUCAACUCAGCUUUUUAAACUCUUCCCUCACCCUUCCGCCUCCAGUGAAUUUACACCUCAGGCUGUUGCCGAUUUGUUUGUGGAUUCUUGUUAAACCAAAUAUUUCUGCCUGGGAGUCACCUGCAAAGUUCAAGGAGCAGUUUGGAAAGUUUUCGGGAAGCCGUUGUUCGCUAUCUCUGGCCGAGGCGGUGGUACCGAUGUGAGUUUCCCUGAGCUCGAGGGGGGAAUCUUCUUCAUCAAAGAAGCCGAAAUCUUUUAGAAAAUGAGAAGACUGUGGCUUGUGUCGUUUUGUUUGUGGAUUGAGACCUUGUCCCAGAGCCCGGGACCCGGAGUUGCAGAAGAUGUGCACUUCCUGCAGGACCCGGAGAGCAUCACAUACUCCCAAGGGAAGGCAGUAAAGUUACGCUGCUCAAUUCAGGUGACGGGUGAACUCCCAGAAAUAAAUUGGCAGCAAGAUGGGCUCCUGUACAGGGCAGAUGUCAACCAAGUUCUGGUGCCUAUGAGUGACAAUGAGUGGCUGGCCGUCAGUGAACUAAGUAUUCCUUCUACGCAGCACUCGGAUGCUGGCAGUUAUCGAUGUGUUGUUACGGUGACAGGGAAAGAAAUUAUCUCCAAAGAAGCUCAGCUGGAAUUUGAAGGAUUGCCCCACUUCACCAAGGAGCCACAGGAUAUCAGUGUGCAUCGGGACACACCCUUUAACCUCAGCUGUGCUGCUAUGGGAUCACCAGAACUCAAGGAGCUGGUGUGGCUACAGGAUGGAGUGCCGGUACCUCCCAAGGACAAGGCAGCGGUGAUCUCUCCCUCAACCCUCUCAAUCCAAGGGUUAAAGAAGCCCACAACCUUCCGAUGUGAAGCCAGCAACGCCAAGGGGGUAGCCACCUCUCGGACAGCUGCCAUCAAACUUCUGCCAGAAAAACCAGAGAAUAUGACGGUGACCUUCACUAGCUCCCAUGCCCUUGGAGUCUCGUGGAAUACAGGCUUCAGUGGCUUUGUUCCUUUCACCUCCUGCACUGUCCAGGCUGAACUGUCCAAAGAUAACCUCAGCCAAGAGAUCUAUUUGGAAGAUAUCUCUCUUCCACCAUUCAGCCAUGUGAUCAGAGGACUGAUGCCACACUCACAGUAUAGGAUCCGGUUGGCCUGCAGCACAAAGAUUGGCACUUCACCAUGGACCAGCUGGGUGACAGCAGAAACCUUUGAAGGAGAGCCGGACACAGCCCCGAGCAACAUAACCUUCCAGUACAAUGGCAGUGCUCUGCUCUUUGAGUGGGAGAAACCAUCCACAGGCCUUAAUGGCAUCUUGCAAGGAUAUAAAGUGGCUUAUCAGGACCAAGACAAUGCUGAGGUGGUUGUAGACAAUGGGAUGAGAGAGAACAUCGUUCUGGAGGUUGUCCUGCCCAUCACGAACCUGACUGUUUGUGUGGCUGCCUACACAAAAGCUGGAGAUGGCCCGUGGAGUGAUCCUGUCCUGGUUACCCUUCCCAGCCCAGCAGGUAGCCCAUGGCAGCUGGGACAUCCAGUAGGGAAAGCAGGCAGGAGGGGAUUCUCUUGGCACUGGUGGUAUGUGGUGAUGGCUGUCACUGUGGCCAUGGUCUCUGCCAUUUUCAUCACUCUGCUUAUUGCUCGCCUGAGAAAGAAGGAUGUUCGAUACGGUGAAGCCUUCGAGCCCAUGAUCGAAAGAGGGGAGCUGGUGGUGCGUUACCGAGUGAAGAAGUCAUACAGCAGAAAGACCAACGAGGCCACAUUGAACACUCUGGGAAUCAGUGAUGACCUCAAGGAGAAGCUCCGGGACGUGAUGAUUGACCGACAUAAGUUGGCACUGGGCAAGACUCUAGGAGAAGGGGAGUUUGGCUCGGUGAUGGAAGGACAGUUGAACCAGGAUGAUUAUAUUCUCAAAGUGGCCGUCAAGACAAUGAAAAUUGCGAUCUGUACACGGACUGAAAUGGAGGACUUCCUUCGAGAAGCGAUCUGCAUGAAGGAGUUUGACCAUCCCAAUGUUAUGCGUUUACUGGGGGUGUGUCUGCAGAAUCACGAGAAUGAAGGCUUCCCAUCACCAGUCGUCAUCCUCCCAUUUAUGAAACACGGGGACCUCCACAGCUUCCUCCUCUAUUCUCGGCUGGGAGAGAGCCCAUUGUAUCUCCCAAUGCAGACUCUGGUAAAAUUCAUGGCUGACAUUGCACGGGGUAUGGAGUAUCUCAGCAACAAGAACUUCAUCCACAGGGAUCUAGCAGCUCGCAAUUGCAUGUUAAAUGAAAACAUGAAUGUCUGUGUGGCUGACUUUGGGCUGUCCAAAAAAAUUUACAAUGGGGAUUACUAUCGACAAGGCCGGAUCUCGAAAAUGCCAGUGAAGUGGAUUGCGAUUGAAAGCCUCGCAGACAGAGUUUACACAACCAAAAGCGAUGUGUGGUCCUAUGGUGUCACCAUGUGGGAGAUUGCAACCCGCGGGCAGACUCCAUACCCAGGCGUGGAAAACAGUGAGAUCUAUGACUACCUCCAGCAAGGCAACAGACUCAAGCAGCCCCCAGACUGUCUGGAUGCAUUGUAUGAACUGAUGUUCUAUUGCUGGCAACUGAACCCUCGAGAGCGGCCAACCUUUGAGAUAAUCUGCUGUCAACUGGAGAAGAUUCUGGAGGACCUGCCGCCCUCUUCGGACCCAGAGGAGAUUCUCUAUGUCAACAUGGAAGAUGCUUGUGGGAGGCCAGACAGUCACUGUGAGCAGGGAGCAGUGGGAGGCGGAGACAUUGAGCAAUGUUUGAAGGAUUCAUGUUUGCCGUUCUCCAAGGCUCCUUUGGUAACAUCGGCAGACGUCCACCAGUCAGAUGCAGUUGAUCGUUAUGUCCUGUGUCCGCCUCAUGAGACUGCCAGACUAAUGGCGGCAGUGCCCUCAAGUAGCAAUGUGCCUCCAUGUUUAGCGGCUGAGGACAUCCCGCUUGAAGAAAUAUGCGGGAAGGAAUAUAAAUGAAAGAAGCCGUCCGUGGUUUUUGACUCUUCAUGUUUGUAGGUGCCUGCCUCAAACAUUAACUCCAGUGAACUCCCAGCAAAGUCAUGUUAUUGUUGCAAGUAUUACUGUGUCACUUUGACCAAAAUAACACAAGAUCAGUCCUACAGCAGAAGCAAUUCAACAAUUGGAACCAAAAAAUGCAGACAGCCAAGCAAUUUAACCAUUUCCAACCCCACUGUUGGAUGCCAAUCUCUUGCAUAUCAUGAAUUUCAAAGUUUCUCUUGCUUAUCUUCUGCCAGGCAUUUUUCACCCCUCAUAAAACAAUGCUCGAGGGGCAUAGUGUCUAAUAUUCAUAUCACUGUGGCUUCAAUCCAACAGCACUUGGGUACUGAUAUCAAAUGUUUGUUGACACUUUAGCCGGGUUUGACCCGGACUAUCAUAGAGAUACCUAUACUGGGAAGUGUACACAUGAACUCAGCUUCCCAGUGGAAAACAAAGUACUGCUAGUGAAAGGCCAAGAGGUCAUGAGUUCAGGGGAUAUAAGUUGCAUGACCUCUGAGCCCCGUUUUUAAGAUUGUUUUACACCAGUAAGAUAGGGAAUCCAAAAAAAUUUUUGGAUUGCAUCUGAAAUCUUAUAGGCAGCAGAAAAUAUUAAAGAUAAGUUCACCUCCAAUUUAAAAAAAAUAUUUACAAGAUAAAAACAAAUUGACAGGGCAAAACUAUGAUUAGAAGUGGGUGGAAAUCAGAGUGCCUGUAGUUUGGGCGUGCUGAUUGUAAAAUUGAUUUACAAUUCAUCCCUGUCUCUGCCCAACCAGUUUGUUAUAAUCCUUAGUUAAAUGGUAAUAAACACAAGAUGUAUUUGAUUGCUACCUAAGUUACCAGAGAUCGAGCAAGUCAAACACACCAGUGAGCCUAUUAAACCAUCGUUGAGCUUAUUCCACCUGUUGCUUUCAAUACAUAACAAAUCUAAAUACAGAUACCUCCACUGUAUAACUGGGUCAUGGUUAAAUAAGGCCAUUGCUUUUUGUGGGAGGCACUUUCUCAAGCAUCACAAUGUACAAUUAGAUCUGACUGAUAACAACUUGAUGAAUUUAUGAUAUAAAGUCAGUGCUUUGUAUCAUUUUCCAGGGCCAGCAAGGUUUAGAGUAGACACUGUGACUUAUAGCCCUGAACAUCACCUUUAGAGACAUUGCACAAUUUGGGAAGAAGCCAGAAAAUAGAAAAUCUAUCACAAGUGAUGGAGCAAAAGUUGAAAUACUAGAUCCUUUUCUUCUAGGACUAUGUUGCAGUACAAUAAGCCAAUGUCAAAGAUUAUUUUAUUUGUAUUUAUCUUUCUGUCUAUUUCGCCUACACGGCUAAUAGCUUUUUAAUCACAACUUUUAUCAGUAGCUAUUUCUUCAAUGUUAAUUAGCUUUCUGCACAGUUGGCACCUUUGCAAUCUUGCACGCUAUCUCAGGUUUGAUUCUUUUAUAGGCGAGUGACUGGUAAUCUGUUCUGAAAGUCGAAUUGACUUGGUUACAUAGCAGCAGAAGGUGAGGCAGCUUUGUCUUCGUGGCACUAUCGCCUCACUGGUAAUGAAGACACAGCUACCUGGCAGCGUCUGUCGAGUUCUGACCUUCCGAAUAUAUCUCAAGGGUUGCAGUGAAGCGAAUGCAACAAGUGAGUUUUGGGCACCCAAUGACUACUAGUUUCAAAGGGGCUUCUCAGUGAAAAAAACUAGCUGAGCCACCCAGUCCAAACUGUGCCAACCUUAUAGGUUGCCAAGGGCAAAGCACCUUGGGCUAUGUGUAUGAACAAGCACAUUUCAAUCGAAUUGUUUACAACAUUUUGUGAAGCAUUUCUAUCUAAAUGGACUUCAAUCCAAGCUUCGUCUGGCAACUUCCAACCUUAAUUGAAAUUGGGAGAGCCACUACUCACUGUGGACAACUGUGACCUAGGAGCACAGCACCUUCUCUUCAGGCACAAAGGUCUGUGUCAAUACUGCACUGAAAGACUUCAAGGUACCUGUGCUAUACAAUAAUAUCCAAAAGGAGCACGCAACAAAGGCUAAAAUUUUGUCAAUGAAUUUGGUAUUUACUAUCAUUGAUUCUAGCAAAUGAAUUGCUCCCCUGCAUUAAUAUAGUUUUGUCUUUAAGCAAUCAAUUUGAUGGCACCCGGCGCCAGGUGUACAGAGACCACGGGUUUAUACAGGAAUAAAUGGCACAUGACUCCAUCAUCUUAUCACAAUCUGUAAUAGGGAUCCACAACUAUCAACAAUCAGCAAUCAUUGACCCAACUCCUAAUGCUUUGCAACCCAAACAAGGCAUGGGAUGAAUUGAGCAAUCGGUCUGCAGAAUGACUUACGGCUUCAGCUGGACUGACUGACUACGCUUGAAGCCAAUUUACAAUCAUCUUCUACUCAUCGCCACAUUGGAAAAAUCUUCAGCUUCAUUGUAAAGCAACCUCAAAAAAUGUUGUCUUGUUAAUGAUUCCCAAGGUUAAUUGUCAUGGUAAAUGGUUAGCUCUCAUGGGAACCCUGCUUGGCCUUCAGUGCAAAGGGUAUCAGCAAACACUUUCACAUAUACAUCAGCCUUGAUGUAGAAUGAGUUGUUUUGGUGCUUCCGAGGUAUAACUUAAAUCAUCUCCAUUGCAGCUUACAGUGGUUAAGAGUCUGGAACGUACACAUUGAACAGCAUGGUAACCAAAGAAUUUGAUAAUUUGAGCACUGGCAUCAGAAAUAAGUGAUGACCAUGAAAGAUUGAUUGGAUUGUGGUAAAAAUCCAACUGGUUCGUUGGUAUCCCUCCAGAAAUGCAAACCUGCUUAUGAGGUGGAUAAUAUACAUUACCUCAUUAUCCCAUGGUAUAAUAAUAAUAUCCCAUUAAAGCAAAAAAAAAUCCUAACCCACAAAGAGGAAGGAGGAAGAAUUUGCACUAAUUUUAAUUAGAUUAGCAAGGUGAAUGAACACGUUACCAUGGCAAUUAAUUUGAUCAUGUACAUUUUUAAAAAUGUGUUUCCGUUGAUUUGAUUGACCUCUGUUAUUUCCAUCAUUUAUUUGAAGCAAGAUAUUUUAUUCAAGCAGCUAGAACAGAGUCAGGUCUUUUUCAGCUCUUCCAGAGAAUGUAUAAGAACACUGUCCAUGCUUAGCUUGAGUGUCUUGGUCAAUUAAAGUGACUUCCUCCUCC